CAGUGGGGGCGCUGAUCUAAAAUCUCAUCACGGGGGCCAGCAGACUCUGGGUCCAUGAGGGUAAAGGGCAGUUUUUUCUCAGUAUAAAUAUCACUACAGAAAUCCAGUGAGCUUCAGACUUCAGCUGAAGACAUUAGCAGAAGAUUUCAGCUCUGAACUUUCCAAAGGACACACAGAGACUCCAGGUCUACCUGCUUACAAUGUACCUGAAGCAGCCAAACUUCAUUUACUUAUGUGCAUGUAUAUGGCUGGCAACCCUAACUGUGGUGAAUGCUGAAAAAGACCAAAGCCAAUCAGAGACUCAAGGGCCAAUGGAAGUAGCAGCUCUAGGAAGACCUCUGUCUCUUGGUAUGCUUUACGACUGCCGUGCAGAUUCCUUCAUUCCAGGUGUUACUCUGUGGGAUAAGCAAUCACUGAGUGAAAAUUUGGACAGUCGUCCAAAGCCCCUAACAGAUUUGAAGUUCAGUAGCUCUGACUCUCUUUCUAGUAAGUCCAACCUCCUGGAGGUAAGUGCUUCCCUGAAAGCCAGUUUCUUGGGGGGGCUUGUGGAGGUGGGAGGAUCUGCCAAGUAUCUGCGUGACACCAAAUCCUCCAACCAACAGUCCAGAGUUACAAUGUUUUACAGUGAAACCACAAGAUUUGAACAACUCACUAUGUCCCAGCUGAGCAAUUUCACCUACCCUCAGGUGUUCGACCAGAAAACUGCAACUCAUGUGGUCACAGCAGUGCUGUAUGGAGCUCAUGCUGCCAUGGUGUUUGAUCGGACAUUUUCAGAUGAGGAAAACAAGCAGGAGAUUGAGGGAAAUCUGAGUGUUAUGGUCAAGAACAUUCCUUCAUUUUCCAUUGAGGGAAAAGGAUCUGUAAAAAUGAAUGAGGAUGAAAAGAAAAAGGCUGAGAAGAUCUCCUGCACAUUUCAUGGAGACUUCUUAAUUGAGCAGAACCCCACCACGUACAUGGAGGCCCUAGAGACAUACAAGACGCUCCCCACUCUGCUGAAGAAGAAUCCACAGAAUGUGGUUCCAAUAAAAGUCUGGCUUUAUCCUCUACAUCUAUUGAACAGUAAGGCAGCUCAGCUGCAGAGAAAGAUUACCACAAGUCUGAUUUCUGACACUGAACAUAUAGUCGAAGAGCUGGGAGAGGCAGAGAGGACAUGCAAUGACCUGAUCAGAAACACGCUGACCAAUGCUUUCAGUGAUAUCAAAGAGAGGCUGCAAUUAUUUCAGGACUCAUUUAGCACAUACAAAUCAAUGCUUAUGGAAGCAGUCGGUAGGGUCUUGCCUGCUAUUCGAGGAGGAGAGGAAGAGGAGAAGUCUCUGGAAGACAUCCUGAAUAUGCACAGGAGCUCCCCAUUCAGUGCUGACAAGCUUAACAAGUGGCUAAAUGAUGCAAAGUCUGAACUUGACAUCUUGAGUUUUUACAUCAGUAGGCUACAGGGGAUCAGUAUUGUAGACUCAGUUGAUCUCGAUACCAUCUUAUUUGAUCCUGAUGUUGAUAAAGUGGUGAGCUUUACCUUCACAUCUCUGAAGUAUGAAGACCCAUAUCUUUCAACCCUGAAGGAGUUUGUGAAAUCUGACACGUCUAAAGAGCUCAAUGCGAGUAAACCUUUUUCUGUGAAAUCUGUUAAAAAGAGGGCCAGUGAACACAGUGAGAGUGGCACUAGAUCUUCUACAAUGCGGUUCCCUGAACACAGUGAGAGUGGCACUGGAUCUUCUACAAUGCGGUUCCCUGAACACAGUGAGAGUGGCACUGGAUCUUCUACAAUGCAGUUCACUGAACACAGUGAACACAGUGUUACUGGGAUUUCUGCUAACACUUUCACAAAGUGGUUUAAAGGUUUAAAUAUUGAAACAAAGAUGAGAGAGAACUUUUCUAAAUUCUGGAGGUUUGCAGUGGCCAAUAAAGAUGAAAAGAGAAUCCGCUGCAUUAUUUCUGCCAUCUCCAAUCCCUCCAUUGCUGGCUCCUCCAUCUAUCUGUAUGAAGAUGGGAAACUGACAGACACACAGUUUCAGCCCACGUUGAAGCCGCCCCCAACAAUAGGCAAGUGUCAUUUACACACCUUUAUAAAUAAUUUGCUGUGGACAAAACUGGCUGUGCCCCAGUUAGAUAGCCCUGGUCAAACCCAUCUGGGCUCCACAUCAGAAACUGAGAUUGUGGGCGGGACACGUGGUGAUGAAUUCUCCUUUAAGUCCGCUUCAUACGACAGGAUUCAGGAGAUCAGAAUAUCUUACGAUCUCAAUUCAAAUAACGUGGCAUCACUGAACACAAUAGAAGUGAUUUUCCAGGAAGACCAGAGGACUAAAGUUGGCAGAAUAGCAGGACAUGAAACAGCAGUUUUUCAAUUUUUCUUAUACGAUAAAAUUUUAAGUGCAACAAUGUGGCCAAAUAGGCAAGGUAACAGUUUUGGCGGUUUGGAAUUUGUGGUUGAAAGAGAUGGUGAAAAAUUAACAAUGUCUAUCAAAUGUGCUGAACUGGGUGAGGCUGUGAACCUUAAUGUUGGAUCAGGAAAUUGUUACGGCAUUAAAGGGAGAAGUGGAGAUGUAAUUGAUGCUCUGGGUUUCUACUGCACUUAGCCUCCAGCUUUAUAAGUAUGUAAGACUUCUCUCUAUUCCUUAGUAAAAGUUUGUCUCAGCAGCUUUGGGAAUAGAUUUUAAGAGAAAACUCUUAGCUAAGAACUUUUACUGCCAUUUAGGAGAGCUCUUAGUGGUAAGAUAAAACAUUUUGUGAAUACGGCCCCUGAUCUUUAUAAUGCUAAUCCAAAUAACAUCUGAACAGCAAUCAUAUACUUUUUUAAAUGUAUACUCGGAUUUUAAGAGUAAAAAAACAUCAGAUUUGAGUCAAUCAGAAAUAUUUUAUGUUUUCUAGUAUCAACUGUUAUAACAUUUUUGAUUUCCAGGUAAAUGGAACCACAAACAAGUAACUCCAUUAACAAUUGACAAAUUAAACACAUCAAAUCUGAGUUAAUGAAUAAAUAGUGAUUAUAUUUGGGGGUUUGUAAGAGAGAACAAUGUACUGUAUAGCAUCUUAUUCUGGUUCAUUUGUCCAUCUUUAUAUUUCAUUUAUUCCAUUCUGUACCUUGUGGAAGUACAAAAACUCUUGAUGUUCAGUGACAAUAAAAAGCUUAUCUUCAGGGGGCUUUAUGCAA